CUCGGAGGAGCUGGAACCUCAAUUCGGAAUGGCGGUGUCGAUCUUGGCCAGUUUGUUAGGAUUGACCAAUGGGGACGAUCAGAUGCAAUUGGCUUUUGACGAAGUUACGAAAACCAGAACAGCUCCUGUUAGGCAGGCAACUAACCUGAAGAUGUCCAACCCCAUACGCUACUACUACGACCUGAUGUCACAGCCCUCGAGGGCCUUGCACAUUAUUUUCCGACUGAGCAAUAUGCCAUUUGAGGAUUGUGUGGUGGCUCUCAGAAAUGGCGAGCACUUGACCGACGACUACAAGCGGGAGAUAAAUCGCUUCCAGCGCGUGCCCUGCAUCCACGACAAUGGCUACAAGCUGGCCGAGAGCGUGGCCAUUCUGCGGUAUCUGAGUGCCAAGGGCAAGAUCCCCGAGCAUCUGUAUCCCAAGUACUUCGUGGACCAGAGCCGAGUGGACGAGUUCCUCGAGUGGCAGCACAUGACCCUUCGAAUCACCUGCGCCAUGUACUUCCGGACCGUGUGGCUGGAACCGCUUCUCACCGGCAAGACACCCACGGAGGCCAAGAUCGAGGUCAUGCGAAUGCAUAUGGAACGCAAUCUCGAUGUGGUCGAGGAAGUGUGGCUGGAGGGUAAGGACUUUCUCACGGGAAACUCCCUGACGGUGGCCGAUAUUUUUGCAGCCUGCGAAAUAGAACAGACACGCAUGGCUGACUACGAUGUGAGGAUCAAGUACCCCAAGAUCCGGGCCUGGCUGAAGCGCGUGCGCCAGAGCUGCAAUCCGCACUACGAUGUGGCCCACGAGUUUGUCUACAAAAUAUCCGGAACAGGACCUCAGGCCAAGCUAUAGAGAUCCACAAAGGAUCUAUGUUAAGCACAAACAUUAUCAUUAUGUAAAUAUUAUCUAGCAUGUACCACUUACAUACAAAUUCCAAUGGGAUUAAGAUAUAUUAAUAUGUAUAUGUAUAUAAAAAAUAAAUAAAUGAAACAA